CGAGCAUGCAAUCUUCUUAAAGUUACUCGUUAUCCCGUCGCAGGACAAGUAACAACGCCUUCACAGCCAACUUGACAAAAUGCUGAAACUAAUAAUAUUUGGAGUCGUUACUCUCCUGUCCAGCAUUAUUCCUGCCGUUUUUGGCCAGCAGUGCAGUGUUGGGAGGACGCUACAGUACCGUGAUCCUCGUGGGGUCACGCAUAAUUAUUUAUUCUCAUGGGAAAAUCCACCCACUGCAAGUUUGGAGUUGGAUUGGGACGGUGCUAACUCAGUUUGCAGGAGACAUUGCAUGAACCUGGUCAGUUUGGAGUCUGCUGCGGAAAAUACGUUUGUGAAGCAACACAUCUCGUCUGGGAGGAAGCGUUACAUUUGGACGAGCGGAAGGAAAACGGGACAAAGUUGGACCUGGACAGGGUCCGGUGUUGGUAUUGGAUUGGAUAGAAGGCGUUCCGACUGGAGUCACACGGGAGGUGCGGGAAUACCACAGCCGGAUAAUAGAGAAAAUAAUCCGAGAUUAGAGGGAUAUAAUGGCAUCGAGGAAUCGUGUCUGGCAAUAUUUAACAACUUUUAUAACGAUGGGUUGAAGUGGCACGACGUUGCGUGCUACCAUAAGAAGCCGUUUGUUUGUGAAAGCCGAUAGUUCAGAGCUUCAUGAAGGUAUUAAAUAUAGGCUAAAAUUAUUUUGCUUAUGAUCUUAAUGACAAUAAGAUCGCCAAUAAAUUUAAUAAAUUUUUAUUAAAUUAGAGCUUA